UAUGAAGGUAACACAACUGUCUUCUUUCAUUUUGGUAUUUACUUCAUUCUUGUCAGAGGUCGUGCUGCAAGAAAUUCAAUUUCCACCCACAAUUGUUAACCAUCCGGCUCGUCUAAAAGUUUACGUUGGUAGGGAGAAUCUUAAUAUAAAUUGUGGAGCGAAAGUUCCUAAUGGUGAUCUAGUUGGACCAAGUGGAAAGCUUGAUUAUGAUUGGUACCACAGGAAAAGUGAACAGGAUCCAUGGGUAAAGAUUAACAUUAUCGGAGAAGCUGGUUGGGCUUGGACUUCUGAGAACGAUAACGGAAAUAUCAGAAUCAAACAGGAAAUUGUUGCAGAUGAUCGGGCCAAAUAUUCGGGAGAAUAUCAAUGUAUUGUGUCUCUUGACAAUCGCUAUAAAGUUAAAUCUAGUAUUGGUCUACUUGUCUACUACGCAAUUCCUCUCACAGGUAACACUCCUGUGCAUUUGGAUAUAAAUCGACACACGCACUUCAUUAUUGAACCAAAAUAUAUAAAACUUGAUUGUAAUUUAAUUGAAUGUCAAAAUUUUCGUAUAAGACCUAAAAUUGAAGGCAAUCCCGAUCCUAGUAUCUUCCGCUCUUCUCGAAUGGUUUAUGAUAGAGAAACUGGUCAUUUUAUAGUAAUGAGAGCUGAUUCCGAAGAUGAUGACAGACGAUUUCAUAUACUUUUUGAUUUUAUUGAAUCAAGUGUAGGUGAAACAAAUGACCCACGCGAUAUUAGAAUUGAAAACGAUCAAAGUAACAUCAAUAACGAUAUUAUUUAUCAUACAACUACAAAUAAUAACAACCAGAACGAAUUUCAUCGUUUUUCUAAAGAAGAUAUUUCAUUUACUUGUGCCGUGAAAGGAAACCCCCUUCCUUCUCUAAACUGGUCAAAAGAGAAUGGUAAUAUAUCAUCAAAGGCUGAUAGGAGUGAACCAUACCGUCUUAAAAUAGGUGAUCUUCAACCUGGCGACUCGGGAGUUUAUAAAUGCUCCAUCGGAUCUGGAAUUGAAAAAACAUUCUCUCUUAAAGUAGAAGAUUUCUUCGAUUUCGAGGAUAAACCUGAAAACCAGAAUGCUAGUGUUGGUGACACGAAUAUACAGUGGAAAUGUAGAGGAACACCUGGACAGCACAACUAUGAAUUUAACGUUAAUGGAGAAAAACCUGUUAGUGACUUUUAUGUUGAAAACUACAUCAUGAAAUUGGAGAAAGUAGAAAGAACUCAUGAAGGAGUAAUUCAAUGUAAUAUCAAUAAACCAUCGACAAGGGAAAGUAAAAGUUCAUCAGCCUACUUUCUGGUCUUUGAAAAAACAACAAUAACUGCUAAAAAUGAAGCUGAAAUUAAUGUUACUCAGGAUAUGGAUGAGGUUAAACUAGAAUGUAAAGUUUCAGUUGAUGGUAGAUUGCCAUUUUCACUAAACUGGUAUAAAGAUGAGAAACAACUAGAGAUAGAUGGAAAUACAUUCAUGAUCGAAGGAGCUGAUAAUAAAGAGAAGAAUCUAAUAAUUGAUGCAAAAAGUAAAAGUAUAUUCGGUAGAUAUCGAUGUAAAGGAGAUAAUGGAUAUUCUGAAGAUUUUUCGGAUGAAAUUUUGUUGUAUCAAGGUGUUCUAACACCAGCUCCUGUUGUGAUGAAAAGUGCAGUACCUUGGUGGAUGUUUGCAAUAAUAGCCGGAGGUCUUAUAUGCUUCAUUGUCUCUUUAUGCAUUCUUUUACAUGCAUAG